GCGUGUGCAUUUUCCCCCAAUUCACCUGUGGGAGACUUACAGAUGACCGGACCACCUACUCCCCCGCCAUCUAGCGCGACUGAGAUUCAGGAUGCGGCUCGCACGACAAUGAUCCCGCCACAAGCAGCGGCAGCUGCACCCGAUCCUGUGGCACCCGUUGCCCAGCCCGCACCUGAGCCAGUACAAGCUCCCGCCGACGUCGUGGCUACUAACAAGACCUCAUAUGAGCUACUGUUUCCGAGCAUUGUAACGCUGGCACGGAAUGGAGACCUUCGGGAUCUGAUUGGGCUAGCGGAACACGGAGAUCUGACCGGCGGAGAUGAUGCAGAUCAUACGCGACUGUUUUUGGUUGUGCCUUUGGUGCUCGCAUACAUGAUCAGGGACGAGCUUACUCCCGCACGUUACGCGCUCAUCAGACUUCCCAACGCGUUGUCUUCGCUCCCGAUUACUCAAUCGCUCUUUGGUCUCCUGGCCUCCGUUUCGGAGCGCAAAUUUAGUCAGAUCUAUACUAGAGCUGAGGCGCUACGCAAUAUAGUCUCGGAACCAGGCUUCCCUAAUCCAGAGCUUGGUCAAGUCCUCGCUGGGAUGAUCGAUGCAUUCGUUGGCAAGUAUCCUACGCUGAUAGUAAAUUCUACAGUAGCUGAACCAUCAUGUGUAGAAUCUUUCCGGAAGAAGACGUUCGCUCUACUGGCCAGGGCGUAUACCUCACUUUCCCUGCCGCUCGCGCAGACAUACCUGGGAUAUACUGCCGAACAGGUCGUGAACGUGGCUGUUCUGGCUGGAUGGGACUUUCAUGAGACAACGUAUACCCUGACGCCACCGAAACAAGCAACCUCAAGCGCUCGCCUUGCAGUAGAUUCUGUGCCUUCAUCUUUGAUGGCGCUGAACCUGGUUGUGGAAAGUGUCGCAAAUCUAGAAGCGUAGGAAACGGCCGCACGGCAAUGAGAGGUGUAUGAUUCCGUCAGCGUGUAUGAUCUCCUGUAUACUAGUGACCGUCUCGAGUUCUUGUGGUACGGACACCGUAUCGAGCAUGCUGCAUGUACCCUUACCCCGGCAUUUCGCGCUAGGCAGCUAAGUAGAGUGCUGAGA